AUGGCUGACGCUGCUGCUCCCCCGACCGAGCAGGUCGCCAACCUGCACCUCGAUGAGGUAACUGGUGAGAAGGUCUCCAAGACCGAGUUGAAGAAGCGUCAGAAGGCCCGCCAGAAGGAGGAGGAAAAGAAGAAGAAGGCUGCUGAGCGUGGUCCUGCCCCUGCUCCCAAGAAGGCGGCUGGCGGUGCUGAGGCUGCCGAGAAGGACCUCACUCCUAACCAGUACUUCGAGAUUCGAUCAAGGAACAUCAACAAGCUCCGCGAGACCAAGAGCCCCAAUCCUUACCCUCACAAGUUCAAUGUCACAUACGAUCUGCGAAACUUUGUCAAGGAGUUCGGUCACCUCAAGUCUGGCGAGCACGCCAAGGACAAGAUUAUCCAGAUUGGUGCCCGUGUCCACGGAAAGCGAGCAUCCGGCUCCAAGCUUCUUUUCUACGAUGUCCGAACUGAGGGCGUCAAGGUCCAGAUUAUGUGCCAAGCGCAAGAGGUGCGAGAUGGAGCUCCCGCUUUUGAUGCUCAGCACGAACACCUCCGCCGAGGUGAUAUCAUUGGUGUUAUUGGCUACCCCGGCCGAACUGCCCCUAAGACCAAGCUUGAGAAGGGAGAGGAGGGUGAGCUGUCCAUCUUCGCGACUGAGGUCGUCCUCCUGACUCCUUGUCUUCAUGCCCUCCCCGAUGACCACUACGGCUUCAAGGAUCUUGAGCAGCGAUACCGCAAGCGAUAUCUCGAUCUUAUCUGCAACGAGAAGGCCCGUAAUGUUUUCAUUACUCGAUCCAAGAUGAUCACCUGGAUCCGACGUUACUUUGACGAGCGUGACUUCGUCGAGGUUGAGACUCCCAUGAUGAACCAGAUUGCUGGCGGUGCCACCGCCAAGCCCUUCACUACUCACCAUAACGAGUACGACAUGCAGAUGUUCAUGCGUGUCGCUCCUGAGCUGUACCUCAAGAUGCUUGUUGUUGGUGGCCUUAACCGAGUGUACGAGAUUGGACGUCAAUUCCGAAACGAGGGUGCUGAUCUCACCCACAACCCUGAGUUCACUACCAUUGAAUUCUAUGAGGCCUACGCCGACGUCAACGACCUGAUGGACACCACUGAGGACAUGGUCUCUGGCCUUGUCAAGUACCUUACCGGUGGCUACAAGACCACCUUCCACACCCAGACCGGCGAGAAGUACGAGGUCAACUGGGAGAAGCCCUGGCCUCGAUAUGAGAUGAUUCCCACUUUGGAGGAGGCUACCGGAGAGAAGUUCCCUCCUGGUGACCAACUCCACACUCAAGAGACCAACGAGUUUCUCAAGAAGGUCCUCAAGAAGAUGAACCUAGAGUGCACACCUCCUCUCACCAACGCCCGCAUGAUUGACAAGCUGGUUGGUGAGUUCAUCGAGGAGAAGUGUGUCAACCCCUCUUUCAUCACUGGUCACCCUCAAGUCAUGAGUCCUCUUGCCAAGUACCACCGUGAGAUUCCCGGUCUGUGCGAGCGUUUCGAGGCCUUCGUUUGCAAGAAGGAGAUCGCCAAUGCCUACACUGAGUUGAACGAUCCCUUUGACCAGCGUCUGCGCUUCGAAGAGCAGGCUCGUCAGAAGGACCAGGGUGAUGACGAGGCUCAGCUCAUUGACGAGAACUUCUGUACCUCACUUGAGUACGGUCUGCCUCCUACUGGUGGUUGGGGUAUGGGUAUCGACCGAAUGGUCAUGUUCUUGACUGAUAACUACACCAUCCGUGAGGUUCUCGCUUUCCCCUUCAUGAAGGAUGAUAAGCUGGAGCAGAAGAAGCUUGCCGCCGAGGUUGCUGGCAUUGAGCCCAUGCCUGAGGAGGGCAUUGCUCACAAGUAA